UCCUAUUGGCCACUGAUAUGAUUGACAGAUCUGCAGCCAACCAGAUGCCUCUAUUCUCCCCUCGUAGCCAAUGAAAGGCAGGGGGCGGGCGGUAGCGCCAAGCGUGCGGUUCAGUUGAAUGUGUUGGGGCCGCUGCUGCGGGAGAACAGCAUUUUAGAAUGCCAAAAAUGAUUGCGGAAAAAAAAGAAAAGAAGGCAGAAAAAAGAAAAAAGCUGAAGCAACAGGUGGCCCAAAAGGACGAGCUGGAAUUGGAAACUAAACCGAAGAAGAAGAAGCAAAAGCUGGAGGCUAUAAAAGAAGAAGAAGAGCUUAUUGCAGAGGAAGAGGAAGAACUUACUCCAGAGGAAAAGAGGAAACUAGAAAGAAAAUUAAAAAAGGAGCGCAAGAAGAAGGAGAAGCAGCUGAUGAGGGAAGCUGGAAUCCCCAUAAAAAAGGUGGAGCCCAAAAAGCCAUCGGGAUGUGAACGGGCUCUGGCUUAUUUAACCAGCUGGUCUAAAAACCCAGAAGAAUGGAAGUUUCAGAAGACCAGACAGACGUGGCUUCUCCUGCACAUGUAUGAUAAAGAGAAGGUUCCAGACAAGUAUUUCACCAUUUUACUGGAUUAUCUGCAAGGGCUUCAGGGCAAUGCACGAGACAAAACUGUGCAGAAAGCUGAAGCUUUUAUGAAGGAAUUUGAUGGUUCUGAUGGAGAAGACCCAAACCUGCUUGGGAAGUGCGAGCGCAUCAGACAAGUUCUACAACUGCUGUCCUGAGAGUAUUUCUGUGUCAUAAUUGUUGUCUGGUGGGGGGCAAGAGAGGAUGUCACACACUGAGGCUGUAAAGGAUUUGUAAAGAUAAUACUAAAUUUUAUACUCGUAAUUUUUUCCAAGUGAGAAUAUUUAUCGUGUUUUGAGGUGAUGAAAUAAAAAUAACACAUAUAGCCCAUA